CGACAGUCUGCGACCAUCCCUUGAUGGCAGCGCUAUUCAUUCGUUCAUUAUUCUUUACAUGCAUAUUUUAUCAUAUAAAUAGCAUAAAUAUUUACUUAAUCAAAGUUCUUCUUGUUUAAUAUACGUGAUUUACGGGAUGCCGCUCCUCCGAGUGAUCCUUGUGAUUGUAGCGUCGUUAAAGAUAUCUGCGUCGCAAGACACGAACGAACUAGAUUUAUUAAAUACCGGCAACUGUUCGACUACCGAUAAUAAUGUCGAUUCGCCACGUAACGUGACAAUCGGCGAGGCUGAUGAGUUCGACGAAACUUUCGAAGAAUCGGAAACUUUGGCCGACGAGACCAGAGAUAAUACGAACAUCUCACACUUGAAAACCCUGAGCCUACCCAAGGAUUGGGACCAAUCACCCGUUCUCAAAUUUCCAAAAUCCCCUAUAGAUGAUCGCUACAAAAUGGCCGCCCUUCACCUCGACAAGGGAUACUUUAUAUUCGAUUUCGUCAGAAGUUUUUUAUCCGCCGUUCAACCCAACGACGUGCCGAUCGAUUUGUUGAGGGACGUAUUCAACAACAGAAUUACCGUGGCCAAGCUAGUUUCGGAGUCGAUCUACGUGGAAGCGGGUUUCUUGGUGCUAGUCGGAGUUUGCUGUCUUUUGGCCUGCGUUACGCCAGGGAUAGAGAUAUGGCUAACGUGCCGUCCCAUGCAUUCGGAUCCCGAGCCAUCCCAGCAUCCAGGAUUUUUGGCCUUCCUGCUGAGCGUCUCCGUUUUCGUCUUGGGAUCCGGAAUGCUCACCAUGAUGGCCUGCAACGAAGCCGUCGGUGCAGCGGUGGAAAAAAUUCCCAUCACGAUGCAGACCGCUCUUGAAGACCUUGGAAAUUAUCACAGCGGCACCACGACGCAGUUGAGACUCACCCUUACGCGGAGCCUAGACGUAGCGAGCGAAGCCCUCCUCGCCGACUUGGACAACGUUGAAGAUCUACUUGGUAAACCCGUGCAAGAAGAACUCUCGGCGGAGACUGGCUUGGAUGUCGCUUUAGACGCCCUCCUAGACGUAGCGAAUGUGACGACGGAGCUUUCCUCCCGGACGGAAACGCUUUUUAAAUCUGCGGAAAAAGCGCGUGUGGCGGGCGAAGAAUUGGGAAGAGAGACCAGCGAACUUAGACGGCAGAUGGAAACAGCCGCAAGGGGAUGUCCUCAGUCUGACCGACCCCUUUGCGCCACCCUAGACCCGUCAGGGUUACACCUGGCGCUCCGCCUCGACCGGCUCCUCAGAGACGACCGACUUCUUCGACUCCGGGGGACCGGAAGAGAUAAUCUGACCGAGUCGGGUCGUCAAGCGAGGGGCGAGUACCUCUACGUUCCUCACCACGUAGCCAGGACCACCCUCGAUGCCAGGAACGCAAUUCGACGUGAGAUUAGCAACGCCAGGAGCAGGAUAACCGAAGAAGCGAGGGGCCUGGAGACCACGACAACCGAGCUGUCCAGGCACCUGGAGACUGCGAGGAAGAUUACCAACGAUAUCGUUCCACACCUCGCCAACUUUGAGCAGACCCGGUGGCUGGUUGGCAUAGGUACCGUUCUGGCGGUUUUGGUGGUCUGGACGUUACUUCUGUCAGCUCUCUGUUGCCGUUGUGGAUCCGCGGAGGAAAAAAUUCGACCGAUUUUAAUAAGCGCGGUGAUUCUCAGCUGCGUCAUCUCCGUCGCUUUGUGGGCCGUCGUGUUGGCAGAUCUGACCUUGACGACGCACACCGAGAUGCUCCUCUGCCGCCCCCUGCAUGAUCCGGAGUAUCGGACGGUCGAGGCGCUCCUGGAAACUCGGGGUUUCUUAGAAAAACCCUUAGGUGUCCCUCUAAAGGAGUUACUCCGCAAAUGUGAGGAGAACCAAGCGGCAUAUCCGGUCUUCCAUCUGGGUGGCUCUACUACCCUCGAACACCUCACGGCGCACUGGACUUGGCCAGGACUAGCAAGGGCGAUACCGAAACUCAAGGUCGAUCUCAAAGGACUCAAAAUCCUCACGCCAAAUUUGCAGCUCAGACUACAGAAUCUUCUCUACGCCUCCGGAUCGAACCUCACAGAGCACAGAAUCAGGAUCCAAGGGCCAGUCCUGAACAAGGACCUUGGCGCGCUUUCGGAGCAACUGGACAACGUGGCGAGACAACUGCGGGACCGUAAAACAGCCCGUGACCUUGACGCGAUCGCGUCAACGACGCGUAAUUUAUUGGAACGCAAGGUGAAACCGUUGGUGAAGAUGUACGACGAUCUGGUUUACCAGUUAACCACAUUGGAGAUGCAGCUGCAGCCUCUUCAGCGACAAGUAAACCAGUCGAUGUCCCAUCUCAAGACCAUUCAGUAUUAUAUCGAUAAUCAGGGUGAAAAAAUAGCCCAACAAAAAACGAAAGCUUACGUCGACAGGAUCGGCAGCUACCUUGAUCAAUGGCGAGUCCACAUCCUCGCUGAAAUGGGAACGGGCGUUGCUCGUUGUCGACCGCUGUGGGACGUUCUCAACGGUGUUCGACUGCUCCUCUGUCAGCACGUUAUGGGACCCUUGAACGGCUUUUGGCUGGCUACGGUCCUCUGCGCAUUGGUGUUAAUGGCCAGCACUCCAACGGCGCACUUAUUGGCCGCUGUUUACAAAAAAGAAGAUUUGAAAAAAGAGACUAUUCUUUUGCCCUCCAGAAUGGAGAGCCCGGACACAAUCGUCAUGGAUCGAGAAACUUGGCGCACUCCAGAAACGCCACCGUCUGAUGGCUGGUGAUCGAAACAAAUUGCCGAGAAAAGGAACUCCUCGCAGUACACGUACAGAGUUACUGCUGCAGUGGGUUAGUAAUAAAUAUUAUUUAGUAACGUGAAAGAGAGAUAAUCAAAAACAAACAAUUUUCUGUAUUAUUACGAGUGUCGUUGAAAUUUUUGGUUACACUGCCAUAUUUUUCUUUUUCUUUUUUUUUUUUUUUUGUUGUGCGGAAAAAUAAAAAAAUAAAA